AACCAUUCUCUUAUACUAACUAUGUUACGCCGGUAACAAGUUACAAAAAUCCUCUACGUUCGUAUAGUUUGACUACUCGUGGCAUGGGCCUCCACCCCCUCUAACCGUUCUAAAAUCGUGAAUUAACGUAAUUUAAGGGAAAUAUAUUUGGAAUUUCUGAAGCCUGACGGUUCCGAGGAUGUAAUUUAAUAAUGCAUUGUGGAGAGAUCUAUUAUGAUUGGACAAUCUUCCCAUUCUAAUGAGUGCAUUUUAACCAAAUAAAUCAUUUUUGCUCCAUUUUGUCUUCCGGGUAGUGUUCCAGGCGUUGCUGUCCCUAAAUCUCGCACACUUUUUGCCGCUUUUUCCAUACUGGAGAUGGACCCGUUUGUUAUGAAGAUUUUGACUUUUCUCCUCGUUAUCGCACUGAUGACUUCCACAGUUGUGACUAAAAGACUUCACAUUGAAAACAAAGGUAAUAGAGCUCAUGCAACAGACGCUGAGAACAACACUAAAGAAGACUGCAACCAAGACGCUACGGGAAUCCGAAGAGUUGUUCAUUAUGAUUACAGUGAUCCUUCCCUGGAUUGCUACAGAGAAUUUUUCGUAGGUAGACAGCCACCACAACAUCUACGUCCUUACUACGAUGGGGAUAUAAGAUACAUCUGUCAGCCGCCGAUGCCCCAGCCUCCAGCACAGCAGGCUCAGCAAACCUACUACGCGACAAUGUUUGACGAAUAUUUGGGAAUUGCAGUGUUCUCGGCCUACACUUUGAAACGGGCAGCGGAGGCACGUGUCACUCCUAGAAAUGUACAUUCAUGGUGCCAAACUCCAGGGAUCCGGACACAAGGAAGCAACGCAAUGUAUCAAAAUGUACAAUAUGACAAAGGUCACUUGGUCCCAGGAGCUACUUAUUCGAAAACUCAGCAACGCUUUGAUUCCACUUACACUUACACAUACACAAACGCCGUUCCACAACAUAACACUUUUAACGGUGGGAAGUGGUCCCAAUUUGAGAAACGCAUACGGAAGUAUGCUGAAAAGACGUGCACCAAGCAACUUAGGGUCAUGAUGCGCGGUAAACUGCAGCUGCUGAGACCUGGAACGUUGUAUCUUUUAACCGGCACUUCCUUUGCCAGAAUUCAAGAGCUACAGAACGGCGACCCACAGGGAUACUUUCCAGUUGGAGCUAACCAAAUCGGAACCAUAGAUACUGGGAAGAUUUUCGUUCCCAAUUCAUUGUGGACCGCUGGUUGCUGUGUACGCCAAAAUGGCCAGUUUACCAGAAGUUUUGCAGUGAUGGGAAAUAAUGUCGAGACUUUCCACCGUAAUUUUCUCACCCGCCAAAUAACUGUGGCACAGCUGCAAACUAUUCUGACAGCCGACGUUAACCACUUCCAACUCAACAACAACAUCGGCGGACACAACGUUGAUCUGUUUCCUGCUGAUCAAAAUUGCUUGAAUAACGACCUUGGAGUCCUUCCUAACGCGGGCGUAGGACGCUAG